CCUCUGAAAUCACACUGGGGGACUUUCAGUCCUUCUCAGCCAUGCUCUUAGUUCAAAAUUGAAGUGGAUUUCCUUCGCAUUUUCUACAUUAUGUCCUGGGAGCCAUAAACAAGAAGCAAACAGUUGAUUGCAAAAAGAGUGAUCCAGAGGAUUUCAGCCUAACAGCUCGAAAAAGGCUUAGUGAGAGGAAAAAAGAAACAAACAAACCAAAAUCAAAACAAGGAACCCCUUUUAUGACUACUUCUUAUUGAUCUGGGAGGAUUCGAAGCGUGUCAGUCUCCGCGUUUCUCCUAGAGACACUGGAAGGAAGACUCGGUCACGUGACUCUCCCUGCUCCCUCCCCAUGACGUCAUUCCUGCGUUGGCAGCCGUAGCCCUAGAGAAAGGAUGCUCUCUCUAUCCGUGGGGCUAGGCUAAGCGAUGUUGCAUUGCAGGUGUUAUUAAUAUGGUUAAUGCAGGAGAGAUGAAUGGGUCUGGUAACCUGAUGGAUUUCCUUGAUGAGCCUUUUCCUGAUGUUGGAACCUAUGAGGACUUUCACACUAUUGACUGGUUAAGGGAAAAAUCACGUGACACAGAUAGACAUAGGAAGAUAACUAGCAAAAGCAGAGAAUCCAUAUGGGAGUUCAUCAAAAGCUUGUUGGAUGCUUGGUCAGGAUGGGUCGUGAUGCUUCUCAUUGGUCUUUUGGCAGGUACUUUGGCGGGAGUCAUAGAUUUAGCUGUGGACUGGAUGACAGAUCUAAAAGAGGGAGUUUGUCUAUCUGCAUUUUGGUACAGUCAUGAACAGUGUUGCUGGACAUCCAAUGAGACCACUUUUGAGGACAGGGACAAGUGUCCAUUAUGGCAGAAAUGGUCCGAGCUUCUGGUAAAUCAAUCAGAGGGUGCGAGUGCAUACAUUUUGAACUACUUUCUGUACAUACUAUGGGCUCUCUCUUUUGCAUUUUUGGCUGUCUCCUUAGUCAGGGUGUUUGCACCAUAUGCCUGUGGUUCUGGUAUUCCAGAGAUAAAGACUAUCUUAAGUGGUUUUAUUAUAAGAGGCUACUUGGGAAAGUGGACACUCUUGAUCAAAACUGUUACCCUAGUCCUGGUGGUAUCUUCUGGCCUAAGCCUUGGAAAGGAAGGCCCUUUAGUACAUGUAGCUUGUUGCUGUGGUAACUUCUUCAGUAGCUUGUUUUCCAAGUAUAGCAAGAAUGAGGGAAAGAGAAGGGAGGUACUUUCAGCCGCAGCCGCUGCUGGGGUCUCUGUCGCCUUUGGUGCCCCAAUUGGGGGUGUACUUUUCAGUCUUGAAGAGGUCAGUUACUACUUUCCCUUAAAAACUCUCUGGAGGUCAUUUUUUGCUGCCCUGGUGGCUGCUUUCACACUGAGGUCCAUCAAUCCCUUUGGGAACAGCCGUCUGGUUCUUUUUUAUGUGGAAUACCACACGCCCUGGUACAUGGCUGAACUCUUCCCCUUCAUCCUCCUUGGUGUCUUUGGAGGUCUCUGGGGAACCCUUUUUAUUCGCUGUAAUAUUGCCUGGUGUCGAAGAAGGAAGACCACACAGCUAGGAAAGUAUCCCGUGCUGGAGGUCAUUGUGGUGACAGCCAUCACUGCCAUAAUUGCCUAUCCUAACCCAUACACUCGCCAAAGCACCAGUGAGCUCAUCUCAGAGCUGUUCAAUGACUGUGGAGCUUUGGAGUCCUCCCAGCUCUGUGAUUACAUCAAUGACCCUAAUAUGACCAGACCUGUUGAUGACAUUCCUGAUAGACCAGCUGGGCCUGGGGUUUAUACUGCAAUGUGGCAGCUGGCUUUAGCCCUCAUCUUCAAAAUCAUCAUUACAAUAUUUACUUUUGGCAUGAAGAUCCCUUCAGGCCUUUUCAUUCCCAGCAUGGCUGUGGGAGCCAUGGCGGGCAGAAUGGUGGGGAUAGGAGUAGAACAGCUGGCUUACCACCACCAUGACUGGAUCAUCUUCAGGAACUGGUGCAGACCUGGGGCAGAUUGCGUCACUCCUGGACUUUAUGCAAUGGUGGGAGCUGCAGCCUGUUUAGGUGGAGUUACCCGAAUGACUGUUUCCUUGGUGGUGAUCAUGUUUGAGUUAACAGGAGGUCUGGAGUACAUUGUACCGCUAAUGGCAGCCGCUGUGACGAGCAAGUGGGUAGCAGAUGCUUUUGGAAAAGAGGGAAUCUAUGAGGCACACAUCCACUUAAAUGGUUACCCAUUUCUAGAUGUGAAGGAUGAAUUCACUCACAGGACACUGGCAACUGAUGUCAUGAGGCCCCGGCGCGGGGAGCCGCCACUUUCCGUGCUCACUCAAGACAGUAUGACAGUGGAGGACGUGGAGACACUGAUUAAAGAAACGGAUUAUAAUGGCUUUCCUGUGGUAGUUUCCAAAGACUCAGAGCGCCUUAUUGGCUUUGCCCAGAGAAGAGAACUCAUUCUUGCCAUAAAAAAUGCCAGGCAGAGACAGGAUGGGAUCGUGAGCAAUUCCAUCAUGUAUUUCACUGAAGAGCCCCCUGAAUUGCCUGCAAAUAGCCCCCAUCCCCUGAAGCUGCGGCGCAUUCUGAACCUGAGCCCCUUCACAGUUACUGACCAUACUCCCAUGGAGACAGUGGUGGACAUCUUUCGGAAGCUGGGACUCCGACAGUGCCUGGUGACUCGUAGUGGGAGGCUGCUGGGCAUCAUAACAAAAAAGGAUGUGUUAAGACAUAUGGCCCAGAUGGCGAAUCAGGACCCUGAAUCCAUCAUGUUUAAUUAGGGCACUCCUACUUCUAAGGCAUGUGAAUAUUACUUUGGAGAAAAACGGAACAAAAAAAGGUUGCAUUGACUUUUUUUUUUUUAAAAAGAAACUAAAAUGCCACCAAACCAAAAUGAAAACCUUUACACAGGGAGCAGCAUGGAACAAAACUUUGAAAGGAGUUGAAGAAGAAUGAGACAUUUAUUAAAUGGGUAUAUAGGUUAGCACUUUAACCCUCUACAAAUUUCAAACUGUGUUUCCCUAAAGUGUUUACUAACAAUUCAACUGGUACCCAGGUACGUAUAAAUAGUAUGGUCUAUACAUGGCAAAGGAGGAAAAAUAAUACUAGAGAAAUAUAUCAAUCUAGAGGACCAUGUGGGAGGCCUUAACUUAGGAACAAAUGUGAAGCUUCAAAUUCAAAAGCAAAGAGGAUAAGUAUGUAAACCUCUUUAUUUAUUUGUAACUGAAGUUUUGUUGCUUUGUUAUUGAAUCAUAAAAAGACAGUUGUCAUUUAUUUUGUUUUCAAAAUUAAAUUUGAAGAGAUUUAAAGCUGUAAAUAUGGAAAGAAAUCCACUCAUGAAAAGUGUUUUGUUUUGUUUUUUCUGUCUUCUCACAUAUAAUUAUUUUGGUCACCCAGUUGUAGCCUCGCCCAUUACCAUAGCUAUGUUAAAAUCAAAGAUGUUUGGGAGAGUGAAUUUUUUCUCUAUGCAAGACUUAAAUCUUAAAACUGCACUAUGAAAGUAUUCUUGAUUUUGACUGGAUUUCAUUGCUGUCUUUACAAAGAAACAAAACUGAUGAUUUAUUUGUAUCUGAGUUGCAUUAGCCUAAUUUCUCCAUUAUUUCUCUUGAUUAAAUCUUCUUGAAUACAAUUCAGUUCAGCAUGGGUCAGUAGAAAUACUUUUGGCCACUAGCAUGCAAUAAAAACUUGUCCUAAAUUCCAAGUGGGGGUAUAUAACAAUCAUAAUUAUUUAGCUUUUGUUAAUACCUUCUUGUCACCAGAUCUUUUUAAUUACUGUAGUCAAAUAGAAUAAAGGUUCAUAAUGGAAAGCCAUUCUGACUCUUAAAAAAAUUCCCCACAAAAUCAAAACCCUACUAAAUAGAUAAUAAAUCUUUUCCAUUCUGUUCUCUCUGGGAUAUAACCUAAAGAAGCAGUUUUAGCAUGUUCUUUCAAACUGGCUACCAAAACAUUAGUCUCAUUUGUCUUUACCUUGGAAUGUAAAUGUACUUUUUCUUUCCCAUUUAGGCCUACAAUUUGGGAGAAGGAGUUAAGAUGUCUUAGGGAUUAAAUGAUGGUGCAUUCAUUUUAGGUGGAGCUUGUCAUGUCACCCUUUUUGUUUUUUCUGUGGCUUUUUCUUUUCUGGAUCCAGUCCUACUCUUUUAUGACACAGUCUUUUUGAAGAAUGAACAUUUCAGUUGUCCCUAAUGCCUGCCCUCUUCCCUCACUUUGCCUUAAGUUCCAAGAACAGAAUCUACAAUCUUGGCAUUUCAGAUUGGUUUUAGACAUAAGUUUUUUCACUUUGGAUAAAAACAUGUCACAAGGAGCAGCUAAGUAGCAGAGUGGAUAGAACACCAGCCCUGAAAUCAGGAGAUCCUGAGUUCAAAUGUGGUCUCAGACAUUUAACACUUCCUAGCUGUGUGUGACCCUAGACAAGUCACUUAACCCUAAUUGCCUCAACAGCAACAAAAAAAAAAAACAAAUCCACAUGUCAGGAGUGUAUUUUUGCGAGGCUUCCAGGUGACAGAGGAACAUUGAAAAUUUCGGUUCAAUUUGUUCAAGUCAUAUUACACUGACACAAAUCAGUCAAUCCUGAUUUUUUCCUACCCUACCCCUCACAAAGUAACAGAAAACUAAUUCAUUAAAGAAAAUCCAAGAGUUAGAUAAUAAACAUUUUUAAAAUUUUUUUUUUUUUUUGUGAAAAAGGUCCAUUUUUUUGCUCCCUCGGUAAUCUUCAGUCACAUCAAUAACUGCCUUUGUAAAAGUUGUUAUGUAUUAAACUUGUUUGCACGGAAAGUAAGUGGAAUGGAUGGAGUCCCUGGUUUAAAGUCAGUUCAAAUCUAGCCUCAGACACUUACUAGUUGUGUAACUCUGAGGAAGCCAAUUAACACUAAAAACUUUGUGUUUGUUUUAAUUUUCUCAUAUGUAAAAUGAGUUUGAGAAAGAAAUGGCAGAUUGCUUCAGUAUCUUUAUUAAGAAAAUCUCAAAUUGAAUUAUAAAGAUUUGCAUAUGACUGAAACAACUGAACAACAAAAAGUGUCCAUACUUAAUAUUUUAAAGUUUGGUUUUUAUCAUGGGGAGUUUAAGUCCAGCAAUGGAUAAACUAAAGUAUCUCAAAGUAUAGAAGAAGAAAAGUAAAGUUAGUGGCAGAAAAUCCUUAGCUGGGAGGAGCACAGUAUGGAUAGAGCAUAGGUCCUAGCUAGGAGUUCAAAUGUGAUCUCAAACACUUAACAUUUAUUAGCUUUGUGACCCUGGACAAGUUAACAACUCCAGUUGACUUACCAAAAAGAAAAGAAAAGUCCUUAGCUGAUUGAUUUCUUUGUCUUGUACAUGAUAUUAUUCCCACUCUUCAGAUCAUAUCCUUACUGCUCAAUUAGAGUGAGUCAGAGUUUUGAUUUUCUGUGAUCCAGAAUCACUUUUAAAAACUAAUUAGUUUAUUGUAGUUUUAAAAAGUGAAAUUCAACAAUGAUAAUAUAUGCAAAUAUUAAAACUAUAAAAUUUACUUUUUUAGUAAAUUUAAUUCUAAUUCAGUAGGAUAAGUACUAGAAAUUGGACUCAUGAUUUUACUGUUAUUUAUACCACAAAGUUUCCUUUCAAUCAUGAUUUUUAAUCACUCCCCAAAACAGUCCCAGGAUCAGAAUAAUUGGGUUAAGGUAAAUAAUGAGAGGGAGCUUAAUUGCCUUUCUGUACCAUCUAAAAACAAUUUGGCUAUUCUGUUCUGUUUUCUUGAAAAUGUACAUUGAUAAUUCAAUUAUUGUUGUGUUACCAGUUGGUGGGAGAAUCCUGGGGCUACUUUGUGUAGACAAAAGGGAUAUUUCAAUCCUAUUAGCCUAGAGAUAAAAGGAACAGUUAUAGGAAGUGGGUCAGUGGUAUUAAUAAUUGCAUAUAAGGGAAAUGUAUAUUUUUUCAACUGGUAUAUAUUCAUUUGCAGGACCAAAGACUUUUAGAUUUGUUUGCAAGAGUGAUCUGAUUGUUUUACCUGAGUUUUAUGGAAUAAAUACACUAGCAGCAGGGCUCCCCAGCUUAGAUUUUCUGCCUCUCUCCCUAUUCUGUGGUACAAUAGAGUCAGAAGAUUUGAAUUCAAAUUCUAAUUCUGCUACUUGCUACUUUUAUGAUUUUAGGCAAAUCAUUUAUCUUCACUGAUUCUCAUUUUCCUCAACCAUAAAAUGAGAGGUUUGGACUAUAUAAUCUCUAAGGUCACUUCCAUGAUCAAUCCCAUCUUUCUUUUUUUUACAGCUAAAGAAAUCCAUUCACAGACAAACAAAUGGUAAAUCAAAAGCAGACAAGCAAAUUGUUCUUUAAAAAUGAAUUCUCUGGAAACAAAGAUUGUGUACUAUUUGAUUGUGAGAUAAAAUUUCUGAGAACAAUUUAGAUUAUAUUCAAAAACUGACUUGAUGUUUGACUUUUCUUCUAGAACCAAUCUUUCUAGAAUUGUUCUCAAAUUUUGCUCUAAUUUCUUUUGCUGGUGUUAGGUUGACCAUGAGGCAUUGAAGACUAAGCCAGUGAACCAUGAUGCUGGCAGGUUCUAAUAUGCUGGUGAUUAAUAAUUUGUUGGGCAUGACCACACAGGAAACAGAGUAGUCCCUGCAGUCUUGACAGAAGGGAAAUUAUCAAUGUAUUUCAGUCUUAUAAAGGCUACAAAUUUGAAAAUUUAGCACAGUAUCACCAACUUCAGGGAGUAAUGAUUACUUCAGUAUGUAAUUUUAACUUGCGGGUGCUGGAUUGGAAAAAGUGAGAAACCAAAUGGAUGAGAAAUCUUGAACCAUGACAUAAGUUCAGUAUUGUACUUUUGUUUUAAUUUUGCAUGAACAGUAUUUUGUGAAUCUUAGUUUCCAACAUUUAUUCUAGAGGCUAGCUAAUAUUCGCUAUAGUGGGUGACAUUAAUCAGAUCCCAAAUUAAUUACCACUAGAAUAUAAUUAAUUUUAUGUCCUGGAUAUGCUAAAAGUGAACCCAUGUGAGAACUAUACAAGAUCUAUUUUAAUUUGGUUUUGGAAUGACAGCAUAACAAUGUCAACUUAAAAAAAAAAUUGUAGCACAUUGUGUAAAUGUUGGCACUUUACUGAAAUUAAUGUUUGAACUCUAUUUUUAAAAUAAAACAAAUAUAGUAGACAGAG